AUGGAAGGCGCUUUCACCCAUCUCGGCAACCAUCUGAUCUCCGAUUCUGCUGCAGCUAUCAAGGCCGGCGACAACGAUGACCUCUCCAACAUCGACCCAGACGAGAGCCUCCUCUAUGGAAAAUUCGGUGGUCGGGCAGGCCUAGGCAAUGCCCGGCGACGUGCAGACGACGAUGACAACGAGACUGAGGUUUACGAUGACGAAGAUGACGAGAGCGUAGCCAACGUCCCUGUCGAUGGCAUGCGGGGGCUAAAACUCAAGGACGCCGAGGAAGAGCGAGAGCUCCCAGCUCAUGCAUGCGCAUACUGCGGUAUCCAUUCGCCUGCUUCUGUUGUUAAGUGCUUGUCCUGCAGCAAAUGGUUCUGCAGCGCGCGUGGCAACGCCACUUCCUCCCACAUCGUCAACCAUCUUGUGCGCGCAAGGCACAAGGAAGUCCAACUCCACCCCGACUCCGCCCUCGGUGACACCGUCCUCGAAUGCUACAACUGCGGAACCAAGAAUGUCUUCCUGCUUGGUUUCAUUCCGGCCAAAUCGGACACUGUUGUCGUCCUCCUCUGCCGCCAGCCUUGUGCCGCCAACACCUCUUCCAAGGACAUGAGCUGGGAUAUUUCUCGCUGGCAGCCUCUAAUCGAAGACCGCUCGUUUCUUAACUGGCUCGUCGCGACACCCACGGAUGCUGAACAGCUGCGCGCGCGCCACCUGACUCCUCCGAUGAUUGCCAAGUUGGAAGAGAUGUGGAAGGAGAACGGCAACGCUACUGUGCAAGAUCUCGAGAAGGCUGCUAGCAUCGAUGACGAUCCCCAUCCCGUCCUUCUGAAGUACGACGAUCCCUAUCAUUACCAGAACAUCUUUGGUCCUCUGGUCAAAAUGGAGUCAGAUUACGACAAGAAGCUCAAGGAGGCUCAGUCGGAGGAUGGCCUCGUCAUCCGCUGGGACUACGGCCUCAACAACAAACACCUCGCUAGUUUCAUUCUUCCAAAGAUUGAGUCAGGCGAUGUCAAGCUGGCUGUUGGAGAUGAGAUGCGCUUGAAGUACAAGGGCGAGCUCCGGCCGGCCUGGGAAGGAGUGGGAUAUGUCAUCAAGAUCCCCAACAACCAGUCGGAUGAAGUUACGCUCGAGCUACGCAAGACAGGCAACGACAAGUCUGUGCCUACGGAAUGCACUCAUAACUUCUCAGCCGACUAUGUUUGGAAGGCUACCUCAUACGACCGCAUGCAGAUCGCCAUGAAGACCUUUGCUGUCGAUGAAAUGAGUGUGUCUGGCUACAUCUUUCACAAGCUCCUCGGUCACGAAGUCGCCGUCGCGCCAAUGAAGACCACCAUGCCUAAGAAGUUCACUGCACCUGGCUUGCCUGACCUCAAUGGCAGUCAGAUCAGCGCCAUCAAGGCUGUCCUGUCUACACCUCUCAGUCUCAUUCAGGGUCCCCCGGGAACCGGAAAGACUGUGACCUCGGCCACGAUCAUCUAUCAUCUAGCCAAGAUGAACAACAGCCAAGUUCUGGUUUGCGCCCCGUCCAAUGUCGCCGUAGAUCAACUCUGCGAACGCAUUCACCGGACGGGCCUCAAGGUGGUUCGACUGACAGCGAAGUCAAGGGAAGAUGUCGAGUCGUCUGUCAGCUUCCUGGCCCUGCAUGAGCAAGUUCGAAUGAACGACACCAAUCCUGAACUGGCCAAACUUUUGACGCUAAAGGGCGAGGUGAACGAGCUGUCCAGCUCUGACGAGAAGAAGUUCAAGCAGCUCACCAAAGCCGCCGAGCGCGAAAUUCUAAACAAUGCCGAUGUGGUCUGCUGUACCUGUGUCGGUGCCGGUGACCCGCGCCUAUCGAAGAUCAAGUUCCGCAAUGUCCUCAUCGAUGAGUCUACACAGUCUGCUGAGCCCGAGUGUAUGAUCCCCCUUGUCCUCGGUUGCAAGCAAGUCGUGCUCGUCGGAGAUCACAAGCAGCUCGGCCCGGUUAUUAUGAACAAGAAGGCAGCCAAGGCAGGCCUCAACCAGUCCCUGUUUGAGCGGCUCGUCAAGCUCGGCUUCGCUCCCAUCCGACUUAACGUGCAGUAUCGUAUGCACCCCUGCCUCUCUCGGUUCCCGUCCAACAUGUUCUACGAAGGCUCUCUGCAAAACGGCGUCACUCACCAAGAGCGCAUUCGACGCGAUGUGGAUUUCCCGUGGCCUGUCGCUGAUAUGCCCAUGAUGUUCUGGUCCAACUUGGGCAACGAAGAGAUUUCCGCCUCCGGCACCUCGUAUCUCAACCGUACGGAAGCCUCCAAUGUCGAGAAGCUCGUCACUCGCUUCUUCAAGGCCGGUGUCAAGCCCGCCGACAUCGGAGUCAUCACCCCCUACGAAGGCCAGAGAAGUUAUAUCGUUAGCACCAUGCAGAACACCGGGACCUUCAAGAAGGAGAGCUACAAGGAAGUCGAGGUUGCUUCUGUGGAUGCCUUCCAGGGCAGAGAGAAGGACUUUAUCGUUCUUUCUUGCGUGCGUUCCAACGACAAUCAGGGCAUCGGCUUCUUGUCGGACCCCCGACGUCUCAAUGUCGCUCUGACCCGUGCCAAGUACGGACUUGUGAUCAUCGGCAACCCGAAGGUUCUGUCCAAACACGAGCUUUGGCACCAUCUUCUUGUACACUUCAAGGAGAACAAGUGUUUGGUUGAGGGCCCCUUGACCAACCUGCAGACGUCGCUCCUUCAGUUCAGCCGACCGAAGCACAGCUACCGUCCUCCCAAGAACACCCAGCAAUCCCAUUUCCCUACCAGCGGGUUUUCCAAUGGUCGCUUCGGUGGCGGCAUGAACGGCUCGACCCGUGACUUCGACUCUGGCUCCAUGAUGUCUUAUAUCCCGGACGAUGUAUCAUCGAUUCACAGCUCCGCCCUUGGAGGGGCUGGCAUCAGCUCCGCUUUCCCUGCCAUGUUCUCAAGCUUCAGCCCAGACCAGUGGCCUGGUCUCCCCGGCGCUCAACCAGUUGGUCGCUCCAGCGCCCGAAACCGCGGAAGGGUCACCGAGAGCAUCGCCGGCGAGAGUGUGGCGAACUCUGAGUUCACCGAUGCUAGCGCAAGUGUUAUUGGCGGACGUGGCAUCGGACAGGGUGGCGUCAGCCUCGGUGCUGGUCUGCAUGACGCUAUCGGCACUGGACGGCCUACUUCGUACAGUCAAAGUGAUCGUCUUAAGCAGUAUGUGGAGAGCAGCGGCCGUAUGAACCAAGGCUACCCAUAUCGUCGCUACGACGAUGACCAGCAGAGCAUUAGCACUGGUUUCGCCAGCCAGAUCGGCGGCACCGGCUACGACUGA